AUGCCCUCGUCGUCACUGCUAGAUCCGAUUAUCUACAGCUGGCUGGGUGCAGUUGUCGCAUCCCCACCUACAGACACCGUCGCUCUGAAGGACUCUGCCCUUUGCAACGACUGCGCCGCGCCGCGACCGACUAAGCGACCUCGCUCGGCAGAUAUGGACUCUGGUGUUGGCGUCACCAGUGACGAUCAAGAGACACCUCGUCCAGCCAAACGCCUUCGCGAAAUCAACGACCCAUUCUAUUUCUCACCAACCUCGUCUUCAAGGAGCGAUUCCACUGCUUCUGUCACUUCGCACAAGAGUGGGAGGCUCAGCCCUACCAAGCAAAUACACGCGCUGAGGAAUCUCGAACGACCAGUCAUCUUUUGCGACUUCAGCAUUGUCGAGGCAGACAGCGGUCGAUCGGAUGUCGCCGCGAUGCGAACUGCGGUGCAAAUGCUUGCGGACGGUGUCGGUAUAUUGGACUACGACAAUGCAGACGCGUUUGGAGCGUCGCUUGCCCAAGUCUCGGAAUUGGAUAGAGCGAGGCUACUGCGACCUUGGGCACGAGACGCUAGCAGGGCUUUGCGUGGAGUGACGCCUGCGAUUCAUAAAAUUGCCGAUAUCGUUAACGAUGCGAUCGUGUUGAACACUGGGGCAGGAGGUGCUGAAGAUGAGUGGAAUUCGGAUGUGCAGAAGCCGCUGCUCAAGCUUGCGCUUGCGACCAGUCGGCAUACCAAUGUGCUCUCGCUUCACUCUGUGCAAUCCGCUCGCAUUGAUCCGCCGGCUCUGAGUAACAACAACCUUCCUGGCCGAAUCAUAGAUUAUGUCUUUUGCCUAAAACCCGACUCCGUCAUAUCCAAUGCAUAUCGGACCCUGCGACCUCUUGCAGCCAACACAUUGAAAUCCUGGAACCACAUCACCAGUACGGCACAAGACUUACCCUUCGCCAUACAUAUCGAGACUAAGUCUCCGAUGAAGUCCUGGACAGACGGCAAGCCCCAGAUUGGGAUCUGGAUGGACGCCUGGCUGCGGCGCUGUGAGCUGCUGUGGAAAGACGGCCAGAGUCCGGCGGCCGUCAUGAAGAAACCUUGGCCAGCCAUACCGGUGCUCAUUUCGCAGGGACAUGAAUGGCAUUUGCUGGUAGUGACAAAGACAAGCGAAGGAGUGAUCGUCCGAGAGCAGAUUACAAUCGGAAGCACAAGGAAUGUGUGUGAUGCGCUCAAGGUCAUAGCUGUGUUGCACUUCCUGCUCGAUUGGGCGGAGACAGUUUGGCGGCCGUGGUUCUUGGAGUUGAUUGCUAGACAGGAGGGAUGA